AUGAUCUUGCUGCUUCAAGAAGGACAAGAUCGGCAGCUAUACUCUGAUAUCUUCCAUGGUCUACGGUUACAUCAGCGCGAAGCAGAAGGCAUCUCGAUGAUCAUCCUGCGGCUGGCGCCCUCGAGGCUGAUCGUGCCUCGCAAAGCUGCGCUGGAGGUUCUGGUCAGGCAGACAUUCCUGCGCGGAUGUCCGGCAUGGUACAGGCCCUUUGCAUCCGAGACCAUCACGAAUUGGUUGGACAACUCCCUUUCGGUGAUCUACAUCACCUGGGCCUGUCGGCUCAUUUUCCGAGCGAUGCCCUGGCUUAUGGAGUUGUGCAACUUCAUCAUGCCGUUUUCUUCUGCGGCUCGCAUGUACAUGCCAUUCGGAAGCUCAGUGCGCAUCACCAUCUAUGAGAAAUGCUAUGCCCUGACCCGAAAGUUAAUGGUUGCCAGCUUGUUUGCACUGUUUGCGCGCAUGCUGCUCAACCUGAAAGAUCCGAAGUUGCCGGUGGCGGACAUUCCCGUAAAUACCAAGGAAGCCGUGCUGGGGGCUGCAGUCUUCCCUUGGAAGCCGCUUGUUUGGCUUCUUGCCAUGCGCGUCCGCCCACGAUUGCGGACCUCGAAUAUGCGGCUGCUUCUGGCAGACAAAUGCCUUUCCUUUGCCAUCUACAUCAGCCUGAUCUCCGUACCGCUGCGGCUGAUUAACAUUCAGCUGCGCACGGUGCUGGCUGUCGGUGGUGUCGGCGGGCUUGCUGUCGGUCUGGCGCUGCAGAAUCUGAUUCAGAAUCUCAUCUCUGGGAUAUUGAUCUAUACCAACGCCACCAUCUGCGAGGGCCUGGAGGUCGAAUUGCAGGACGUGAAGCUUCAGGGCGUUGUUUCGGAAGUCGGAUGGUUCAACACCACCGUGAACGGCUACGAGGGGACGCGGGUGACUGUCCCAAACCGUCGGAUUCUGGAUGGCACUGUCAUUGACAAGACCAACAAGCGCUUCCGCGUGUGCCAGAAGAAGAUUGUGAUAACCUUCGACGAUCCUUCGAAGUUAGAUGCUCUUGUUUAUGCUGUCCAAGACGACCUCCGCAACAACCCAUGCGUGUUGCAAAAGGCAGCCGUGCUCAGAAUUCGGACCGCCAACCGAGGCCACAUCAAGGUUUACGAGCCGCAGUUCGUUUUCUCUGGAUGGUCGGUGUAUGGAGCUGAGUUCUAUCUCCGUGCUUACUUCGAGAAGUCGCUCCAGGGCGAUAAGUUCCUGAACCUGCAGAGCAAGCUCCUCAUUGAUGUGAACCCGACCCAUCGAGCGCGGCUUGGCCUUCAGUGGGUGCCGCUGUGUCAGGCAGUCCGCUAA